AUCUGAGAAGGCACUCGCAAACACCUGUUUGAAAGUACGUAACGCAAGCAAAUCAAUAUUUACACGCAAUUUAUACACAAUGUAUAUUUAAUUGAUAAUAAGACAAAUUGAAGCUUAGUGUAAUAAUUAUAUAUGUGCAUACUUGUAUGUAUCUGUGUACUGUGUUGGUUCCCAAAAAUACAAAGCCGCAAUGCAAAGUGGUCUCAGCUUAGAAAACUGUGAAGAUUAGAAUAUACCACUCAAAUAAAAUUUAAAAAAAAUCACACGCAAACAAUUCACCGUUAGCAUGCAUAGCACAGGUGUAACCAAACCUCGACGCCGCAUAAUGUGUGUGGGUAUGUGCGUGCUGGACAUCAUACAUGUAGUGCAGGAGUAUCCCAUUGAGGAUACAGAUAAGCGCUGUCUUUCAGGAUAUUGGCAGCGCGGGGGCAAUGCUUCCAACAAUUGUACGGUACUGCAGCAAUUAGGCGCAACCGCUGUCGAGUUCUUGGGUAUGUUGAGUGCUUCGCCGGCUUUUGGCUUCCUAUACGAAGACUGCAAGAAACGUAAUAUUCAUAUUGAGAAUUGUCCCAGCACCGACAUGGAUCCACCAUUCUCUUCGGUCAUACUCAAUAAAGCAACCGGUUCGCGCACCAUUAUACACUCAAAUCCCGGAUUUCCGCCGUUGGAGUACACACAUCUGUCGCGUAUCGACUUAAGCAUCUACGGUUGGAUACAUUUCGAAGGACGCAACAAUGAGUCGGUGCUGAAGCUCAUACGUGAUAUACGAGCGCACAAUAAACAGUUAAAGAAUCCUGAUGACCGCAUACGUAUAUCUGUUGAUUUGGAGAAAAUGAAGGAAGAGCUCCUUGAGUUGGGCGAAGCUGCAGAUUUUAUUUUUCUGGGCAAGGAUUUCGCAGAGCAUAUGGGCUGGCAGCAACCGGAUGUGGCGGCGAUGAGUUUAUAUAACAAAAUGAAACCGCAACAAGAAUUGGGUGACACGAAACCCGCUAUUAUUUGUCCGUGGGGUGCGGUUGGUGCUUCGUGUGUCGAUUCGGAGGGUAAUUAUACUUUCGUACCAUCAACACCGGUGUCCGAGAUUGUAGAUUCAUUGGGCGCUGGUGACACUUUCUGUGCGGGUGUUAUAUUUGCCUUGUACGAGCUUGAACUUAGCGUUCCGGAGGCAGUGCUUUUUGGACAUGGCGUUGCAGGCUACAAGCUGGCUCAUCGUGGUUAUGACGAUAUUAAAGAUUUUAAGCAUGAAACGUAAGUGCUUGCUAUACUAGGUGUGAUGGAAAUAUUGCGAACAAUUAAACUUCCAUCAUAAUUAUUUAUUUAUAAUAAAGAUUUACCAUCCCACGAUCCCA